GGGGUGGGGGGGGGGAGGGGGGAGGGAGUGUGUUGUAAACCCUGACUCUGGAGAGCCACAGGUAUCUCUGCUGGGGGUUUUUUUUUUCCCACCUUAAAAUCGGCACAAAAAUUGAAUCGUUGAAGAAACAUGGUGAGGUAAAUUAAGUGCAUAAUCUGCUGCUGUAAUCAGACAAUUGAGGGACAAGUAGGAACAGAAAACCAGCAUGUGCCCUGUGGCUCUUCAGGAGCAGGACAGGCCAAGCCUGGAUUUGGGCAUGCUUCACUGGUGCGAACAAAAUUGGAAGAGGUAAGGAGGGACAUACUUGGAAUUUUAAGUCUAGGAUGGAUGGCAGAGGAGGAUGAAGGAGAACGGGGGGGCAGAGAGAGAGAGAGGUGCAUGUGUGAUUGAAUUAAACUGGGACCAUUUGUUGUCCUGUCAGUAUCUCCAUCCACUCCACCCAAAUGUAUAUUUUUUCCUUGUAGGGAAGUGGGAUGGUGAGCACGCUGUAUUGAUGGACGGAGUGUGAUGGAGGCAUUUAUCUCAGUUUUUUUAACAUAACGUGGUGUGUGCAGUGAGUAUGGUGCCUGCCAGCAGAGUACAGAAUAAAUUGUAUAAACAAGCUGUUUUCUUUAUUUUCAAAGUUGGUGAGUGUUGCUGGGUGGCUUAUUCGGUUAAGGCACCAUGCAGUGGUGGUGCAUGGAUGAGCCCCAUGGUGUUGGAUAAAAUCCUGACUGUACCAGUGCCAUCUGUGUCUGGUAGCUCCAUAGGGCGAUGCGCGAUUGGCAGUUGCUUUGCCCAGGGUAUUGGGAGGCUUCAGUCAGUUAGGGAUCUGUGUUUCAUCACUAUCUAGUGCCCCCAGUGGAUUAUCAGGUAAUGGUAAAGUGGUAAAGUCACAUAUGAAUUGUCUUCCUCUGACCUUACUCUGCAAGCUUAACUUUAGGUUGCGAUGUGAAAAGAAGCAGCUGGUGACACCAUGUGGGGAACUGCAUAUGUCUGCACUCUUGAAUUGGCAGGGUUGUUCAUGCAUGAACCUGGCUACCAUAGCAGUUAUUUGGACAUUCUAAAUUAGGGUGGGAAUCAGAUGUUUACAGCCCCAUGUUGGGUGCCAAAUUGAAAAUAAAAGAAGAAAUGUCGGUGAAGCUUUGUUUAAACUAGUGAUUAGAGAAUGAGGUUUCAUGAAUCUGCAGGAUGGAUGGAGCUGCAUCAAGCUGUUAGUCGUGCACUUGUUUAAACAAAAGGUGUAGCAAAAGGAAAAGUUGUUGGUUCAAAUCUGUGAGUUACUGAUUGCAUAUUAUAAUUACACCCAUUUUGAGUACAGCACUGCCCAUUUUUGGUUCUCAUCCUCAAUGGAGGUUCUUGAGGAUAAGUUGUCCUGAUGGAUGAUUUGCCGCAAAGUUAAAGUUGUUUUCUAAUCUAUCUUUUGUGCGCAUGUUCAGCUUUUUCAAAACAUUUGGUCUUUUAUGUUGCCAGGCACAAUGUUUUUCCAUCAAAUAAUAAUAAACUGUUCAGUCAUGACUGUUACAGAAGUAAUGCAUGGACCCAUUAGUCCAAGUAAUUAAGCAAAGGUGUUGAGUUCUGCCAGUACUUUUGAAAGUCAGUAUCUCCAACUUCUGAACACAUUUGUAUAAUGAGUCAAGCCCCAUUUGACCCCCUACCAAGACUCUUAAAGCAUGUUUUUAUCUAUGAAUCAAGGACACUGGUAAGUUACAUUUUCUGGGAUUUCCCCCAGAACAUCUCUGUAGGUCUGGGUAAAAAAUUACACUAGGUGUUCUAGAACUUGUCUGUUUUGCCGGGUGAAACUAACUGUUCAUGAUGGUAUAUGUGGACUAAUUACCUAAGUUUCAGUUUUUGGGCAGCUCAAAUUAGUUCCUUUCAAUUAAAAAAAAAUCAUUGCCUGUAAAAUUGAGGAGAGCAGUAUCAGGUUCUCAGACAGGGCGUUUCAUCUGAACUGCCUCGUGGUUGAAAUCUAUUAAAUAUAAACCGUUUGGCCACAUUCUUUGCGACUUGAUCAUAGUUAACAACGCGAUUAACAGUUUCAUGACUAUACCUCGCGCUUCCCUCUUCGACUACAAAGGCUCGUACACCGGCGCCCGUUUUCUGAUGAGUACCCGUUAUUGGGGAGGAGCUGUCCCAUGCUGAACCCACCACGCCUCUCCAUCUUUCUUCCUGCUCUUUGGAUCAUAUGGGAGAGAGCAGUGGGAUCUGGAUUUUAAUGAGCGGAGCAGGACUUCAUUAUCAGUCCAGAAAACGAAGGACGAGGUGUUGAUUUGCAGAUACUGAAGAGCGCGAAAUAACCGCGACGGCUAAAUAUGAAAGCGACAGAAUCGCUGUGUGGCGUUUGCUGCGACGGCUGACAAGGCGGCGCAAGUGAAAUACCCUUUGCUUUCACAAUGAAGACACAAUAUAUGUCCUUCUUGCUGCCACCCCUAGGCUAUAGCCUACUGUAAAUCAGAGGCUAUAGCAGAUUUUCAUGGGUUACCGCGCGGGCAACGAGUAAUCUGGCUAAUGCAUAGAAUUCGCCUUUUCUAAGGACAGUCGGACAGGAGGACGAUGCGAUUGAUUGACAUGCUUGGUUCUUCUCUGCGCCUUGAAAGCAACAUUUGUUCGCCCCUGUAGCACUUCACUAUGGAAGGGCAGAGUCACAUAAUUGUUCCUGACGGGAAGAGUAGACACCGGCAUCCAAGAAACCAAAGGUGAAACGUCAAAGCACGGAAUGUCAGAAACUGUGUUUUUCACGCGGCGGUGGUGAGAUCGACUUCUCUCUAAUGAACUUCUGGUACAUCAACCAUAUGCGAUGGGAUGAAAAUGCGACGGCACAAAGUGUUCUUGUUUUGCACAGUGGGCCUGUGCGUCAUCUCCUUCCUGCACUACUACAAGGCCCUGCACUACGUCUCCCUGCUGAGGGAACUCUCUGCCCCCUAUCCCAAGAUCAAAUCCUUCAUCAUGGUGGCUGGUAUGUUCUGGAAGGAGAGGACUACCCCACUAUCUAGUGCCCUACUGGAAGGGGGUCCAGCCCUAGCCAUGAGGCUGUCUGAUAAUGAGGCACAAGACAGCAUGGAGCUGGACAGGGAGAUGGACAAGGAUUUGAUUGCCUGGUAUCCCAGCCCUCGCGAUGGAGUACGGCCCAAUUACCAAAACAGGAAGGAUGCAGCAGUGAGGAAGAGUCCUCAGAUGUUCGCUCUCCCAGACCCCAUGGGGACACUAAGGGACCUCCACCGGCACAGCUUCCAGCUCCACGAUGACACCACACCCUACUUUGUGCGCACCAAAGCUGGAGCCCUGUGUUUCAGGCAGGGGACAGAGAUGGCCACCCCGAAGGACAGUGUAGUGAGAGAAGGUGCAAGGUUAGCAGGCCACCGCAGGAUCUUACAGCACCAGAACACCGCCCACUCGCCUCGGGCUAGGCCCCAGCGGGGCAGGAGACUGGUGAGGUGCGUUUGCCGACAGGGCUGGCAUGGCCCUUACUGUGGCAUCCCCACCAUGGUGCAGCACUCCAAUUUGCCCACUAAGGACAGGCUGACCCCCAGGGAGGUGCCCCGUAGGGUUAUCAAUGCUAUCAAUGUCAACCACGAGUUCGACCUCCUCCACGCCCGUUUUCAUGAGCUGGCCCAAGCCGUGGACCUCUUCCUUGUGUGUGAGUCCAACUUCACAGCUUAUGGCGAGUCCCGAUCACUGCAAUUCCUCCAGCUCCUCCUUAACGGGACCUAUGACUAUGUGCAGCACAAGAUACUUUAUGUACUCCUAGAUCACUUCCCUGAGGGUGGACGGCAGGAUGGCUGGAUUGCUGAUGACUACCUGCGCACCUUUCUGACUCGCAAUGGGAUGUCCCGGGCGCGAGGGGUACGGCCCGAUGACAUCUUCAUCAUCAAUGAUGCUGAUGAGAUCCCUGCCCAAGAGGGGGUCCUCUUCCUCAAGCUUUUCAAUGGCUGGACAGAGCCUUUUGCCAUUCACAUGCGCAAGUCCCUCUAUGGAUUCUUCUGGAAGCAGCUGGGCUCCCUGGAGGUGGUGUCCGGGUGCACGGUGGGCAUGCUGAAUGCUGUCUAUGAAAAUGAUGGUAUCAAGCUGCGAAGGAGGGAGUACUAUACCAUGCCAGGCUUCCGACGGUAUGAGAAUGACACGGGUCACAUCCUGGUGCAAUGGUCCAUCGGAAGCCCCUUCCACUUUGCCGGCUGGCACUGCUCCUGGUGUUUCAGGCCUGAGGGUAUCCACCUCAAGCUCAUCUCAGCCCAGAAUGGGGACUUCCCCCGCUGGGGGGACUAUGAGGACAAACGUGACAUUAACUAUAUUAAGCAGCUGAUCCGGACUGGCGGUUGGUUCGACGGGUCAGUGCAGGAGUACCCCCCAUCAGACCCUAAGGAGCACAUGUAUGCCCCCAAGUACCUGCUGGAUAACUUUGAGCGCUACUGUUAUAUGCUGGAGAACCCCUACAGCUAAGAGAAUAGGGUAGAGUAGGGUAGUAUUAUCCACAGGAGGUGAUGGGUAUUGUAAAGGGAUGCAUUUCUGGAAGUUCCACAAGUUUAAGGGGAAAAGAUAAUCGUCUUUAUCAGCCCCUCAAUUAAUUUCCUCCCUGAAUCCCAUUCCUCCUUUCAACAGGAGCCCGGGGUGCUAUAGGCUAUGAGGGUGUAGUGGUGCUUUGGUUGGAAGUGAGGGAGGGACUGGGGAAGUUGACAGCAAAUGGUUCAGUGAGAAGCUUGGGUUAAAUCCUGUGGGGACCAGAUGGGUCAUUUCCGUAUUUGGUGUCAUAGUGUCCUACAUCAUUGACCCAUUCCAGGAUGACAUCAUAGCCACUCCCUCAUGUUUGAUCUGCUUCCAGUCUUCUCCUAUCUCUGCCUGUACUCAGUUGUGAGUUAAAAGUGUGGUCUAAAGCAGUAUCUGAAUUCUAAAUUCUUGACUGGUGACAAACAUAAAAAUGAAAAUACAACAUAAUAUCUUUAGGUGAUUCUUGCUUGCCACAGCUGGGUGUCCUUUUUGAGAGCUUUCUUACUUGACCCUCGUGUUAUGUAGACCCAGGGAUCAGGGGAAAUGUUCAUUUUUAACUAGCCUGGUAAUGUCAGGAUUGCCUGUGGUGACAAACAGUCAACUGAUGCGUGGAGGCUAGUCGUGGUAUCAGUAGUAGCUUCAAGGCAAGGAUACUCAAAGAGAAUAAGGGACCUGAAACAAGGCUGCCCUAUUCUCAGAUGUCAUGGUGUAUGUAGCACUAUGCAGAGCAGGACAAAAGGACAGGGAAGCACAAAGGCAAAUGGAGGCAGUGUGAAUCAGCAAGGGCAGGUCAUGAAGACACACAUACCUGUGUUUGUGAGAAUGCAGAAAACAUCAGGCUUCAGCAGACCUGAACCACCAACUAGGAACAACCCUGGGGGCACUGCAAGAAAAGGAGAGGGGUUGAACACGGAAAACAAAAAACUACCCAAGUUUUUUUUUAAUACUCCCCUUAAAGACCUCUCAGAAUGGUACCCCCCCUCAGAGAUCAUGCAUUUUCGCCUGUCCUUUUCCCAAGGCUGUGAGAAAAAGCAUAUUUACAUUACAGUAGCAGAAAAUAGGGUCCCUCAUUGGAAAGUGUCUCGUGACAAUAUAACCGCCUCUUCCCAGCUGGCAGAUGAUUGCACUGAAACACCUCGUCACUCCAGAGGGCAGAGAGUCGACAGCAUGGACUCUCCCACAGGGCACUCUGGCUCUUUUUAUAGUGUGCCCUGUGAUGGUGACAUCCUCCCUGGAUGCUGCAGUGAAGAUCACACUGAGCUUGAGCCUUAAAGCCUGUUUGUGUGCUCCUAAUAUGAGCCUCUUCAAAUAUCACCAUUUGGCAGUGCUUUAGAAAGGACAUUUCAAAAUAAAAUUACUUCAUGGGCUUCAUGGGCACAAACCACUAUUUUUAUCAUUGCUAUAGCAAAUCCUCGACCAGGGGGCUUUUUAAAACCAAAACAGAAAGAGAGUGAGCAGAGAAAAGAGGGAAACUGCUGUCACACAUGAUGGCUUUCUUAACUUCUUCUGUCCUUGUGAUGAGAAUAUGGUUUGAAUAAUAAGAGAACUUCGGCCAACCACAUGAAAAUCCUGACUCUAAAAAUGAGGAAGGAACAUGUCACGUUUUGUGUUAGAAUCUGAGAAUCAAAAAAAAAAUGAGAUAAAACAUAACAGAGUGGGAAUAUCUACAUGUCAGCUGUUACUCAUAAAUGGAACAUAAUGAGCUGUCACACUGUACAUCAGUGCAGGCAAUGUGUGGGACCAGUUUUACCAGCAUUAAUAAAUAAAUAUGAAUGCCAAAGA